UCACACUUCAGAGGGACUAGUUGCUGUAGCGGCAGCGCGUCAUCAUAAGCGCGAGCGGCUGAGGUGGGAACUGUUCACCUGUGCGCAGCCAGGACGAAUUCUCCAGGAUUUUCCUUCGAAUAAACUCCUUCUGCCUUAAAGGCGCACAGAGGAGCGCACUCUCCGCUGGUCUACAAGUUCCUCUUCACCUAAAAUUCAGUUUAUUUAUUUUUUUGCCUUUUACUGUGUGAGACUUUUGUUUUUAACGACACUGAGAUUACCUCCAUUUGAUUUUUUUUUAAAUUCCGGAGAGACUUUGUGGAUCGUAAUGGCGAGAAAUGACGCUCUGAAUUGGCCCGACGGCGCAAAAAUGAUCGGAGUUCUUGUUGCUGCGUCGAUACUUCUCCAACACGGAACCUGGGGGCAGCAGGUGAAGGUGGAAGGAGAGGUGUUGUCCUAUCCCGGCCAGACAGUCAACCUACGCUGCAGCUUCCCAGACGUCACCGGAGUUCAGCUCACAAUGGUCUCUUGGCUAUAUGAGCCAAAGGAUGGAACGCGGCAGAACAUAGCGGUGUUGCACCCCAACCAUGAUCCCAGCUACCCCGACUCGCCGCUGAAGGGCAGAGUGAGCUUCACACAGAAUCCGCCCUCCCUCAGCAGCCCUUCCAUCCAGAUCACCGGCGUCCAGCUGACCGACGAGGGGAAGUACAUCUGCGAAUACGCCACCUACCCGGGAGGCAACCAGCAGGGCAUCACCCAGCUGGUUAUGUUGGCUAAGCCACAGAACUCGGCCACCAGCGUGACGGUGUUGGCCGGGGCCCAGCCGGUCGUCGUUGCUCGCUGCACGUCGGCAAACGGUCGCCCUCCUGCCACGAUCAAAUGGGUGACCACAGCCGACGGCAACGCGACGAUGGUGUCGCGCGCUGGUUCUGACAACACCGUGACGGUGACCAGCGAGUACAGCCUGGCUCCAAAGUCCUCGGACAACGGGAAGGACAUCUCCUGCCUGGUGGACCACAGGACUCAGGCCAAGACGGAGAGCAUACCGCUGAAGUUGGCUGUUCAGUAUGCCCCUGAGGUGAGAAUUGAGGGUUAUGACAAUAAUUGGUACAUAGGCCGAACAAACGCGGUGCUCAUCUGCCAGGCGAAUGGAAACCCCAUCCCAACCUCCGUCACCUGGAAGGCCGUGGCCGGGGAGAUGCCAGACACGGUGCAGAUUACCCAGAACGAGCUGAGGGUGCUGAAGGUAGACGAGUCUGUCAACACCACUUUUGUCUGCGAGGUCAAGAAUGGCAUCGGAACAUCCAAAGAGCAGGUGGCGGUCUUCGUCAGAGAGCCUUCGCCAGACCCCUCCAACGCCGGCGUGGUGGCAGGAGCCGUUAUAGGCUCCCUGCUGGCCCUCCUUUUGGUGGCGGCCCUCGUUGCCGUGCUCGUCACCCGUAGCCGCAGGCAGCAGCAGGGUUACCGAGCCAAUGGUGGCAGCGACAUGAAGACGCGCAUAUUCGGCGCCGGCAAGAAGGCGAGCAAGAACGGAACCGGCGGAGGAGCGGGGAGCGGCGGCAUCGCGGGUGGGAACAACAACGGCCCCAUCUACGUUUACAACGAGAGCGCUUCCCACCAGGGCCUCGGAGAGAAAAACAACCACCACCAGCCUCUCACUGUAGGGGGCCGGCCCGAAGUCGGCGCCGUGACGCCCACCGCCCAGGACAUCCUGCUGAGCAGCGAAUUAGACGAAGCAGAGAGGAGGAAGUUUGAUGAGAUGGACGAGAGGUACGACCACUUCCCCGGAGGAAGCUCGAUCCUUCAGCUGCGCCCUCAUGACCAGGGCGACAUGAUUGGAGAUUACCUGGAUGAUGACAUGGAGUCCCAGCGGGAUGGCUCGGUCAUCUCGCGGACUGCAGUUUACGUGUAAAAGAGGAGGAGGAAAGGCGAGCUCGAGGAUUCCUCUCGAGGAUUCUGUGGAUAUGAAGAAUCCAGGAUUUUGUCGUUGUCUGAGGAAAGAAAAAAGAAUACCACUUUUAUUUUUGCAAAUUGAUAUGAAAUAUAUCCUAUUAGUCACAGCGCAGCCCCAGAGUUAGUUGGAUCCAAAGAGGGCGUGAGGAAUCGUGUAAACAGAAGCGUUAUCGGGUUUUUACGAACAGAAUCAUCGAGCCCUUUCUCCCGCUGCUUCUGCUCGUGCUCUCUCCAUCACUGGGACUUUUAACAGACUAGAAGAGCAGAAACAUGAAAUCUGCAUACUGGCUCGACUCUGCAGGCAUCUCACUCGCAUAUUCACGCUUAGCUUCACUAAAUAUAUAAAAAACGGAAAAGUGAGGAGGUUGUCUCGCAGCUCCGUGUUGCCUGCACGUCUCGGUCCUCCCGUGGGAAGCCUUUUGUUUUGGUAAUGUGUUGUGCUGUGACAUCUGGUGUGUUGGUGUAGCUUUAAAAUACAGACAUGAACCAUCAGGUGUAUUUGGAAAAUGUAUCUCGUCAUGUUCGCUCUGCUCUCUGCCUUAUUUUAAACAUCCCCGUAGAUCACCGUUGACACAAGUCUCUCCAGGAUCGAACGACGACAUUUUAAAAGAGGUUUUAGGUCCCUUUUGGGUUUUUUUUUGUUUAUUUUUUGGAAAUCCAAAAUAAGUUUUAACAAAGAAAAAUGCUCAAACACAAACUUUUUCUGCCUGGAGGUUGGAGAUGACGACUACGAUCGAGCGACGGAGGAGUGAGGUGUAGCUGAUCUGAUGCUUCCUCCUCAUCCUCCUCUUCUCGGAGCGCUCCCGACCGGAGGAGCUUGAUUGGUAAUGAGCCGUGAAGUUGCUCGCUUAGCUGGGACCAACAGAUUGCCACCACUUAUCGUUUAUGGUGUGGCGUUCCCGCUCCCCACCUUCCUCCCAUCACCUCCCCCUUCCCCUCUUUCUGCAUCCCUCUCUCCGGCUUUCAUGGGUGGUUUUUUUGAUUUAUUCAGGGCGGCGUUGAGGUCGGGGCCCACCAAGAGCAGAGCCAUAUUUUAGCGCUCCUGAUGCAUCCAGUACCCCACUUACUGACUCCAGCUGCCCUGAUAUAUCAGGAUAAAGUAAUCCACCUGGAGUGGCCACUCUCACCCCCCUCCAAGGCCCCUCCCACCUUCCCCAACACUUUAGCAAAUGGCUGGAUGUAACGGCGGUCCACCUCCGCCACGCAGGGAAGACGGAUUUUCAGCGACGUUCAUAUCUUUCCUUCCAUUAGUGGAUGUUGGAUGUGGUGAAUUGAUCGGGGGACGUAAAAAGGUUGGGUAUCGACUUACGGGGCAACAUGUGGUGCAACGGCCCUUUAUGAAGCAGGUUCAGGGCUGAUUGUCUUCUGACUGUUAAUUCAUCCUUUUAACGAGCCACCGGAGGCUUCUCCUUUGGCACGCUCUCUAUGGCUUCUGCCCGCUGCCGCGUUAGAGUCUCCGUGUGAACGUUUGCAUCUGUCCAAGUACCUGGGCGAGAGUGGAGAGGAGCUAUGAUCGCGAGCUUCCUAAUCGACUUCGCUUUGACACCCCUUGGGAAUCGGCCAAGCGUGGAGUGGACUGACCUCGGUGAGCCCCAAACGGGAUUUUACUGGAGGUCACCACGUCAACGGGUUGACCCUUUCCCAAGGAUAAAGAGGAUAAUGCAUGCAUGCAUUCCUUAGCGUGACUUUUUAACCCUGUCCUGCAGAUUUAAGAGGCGCGCCGUGUGUUUGCGUUUUUAGGAAACGGUCUUUGUUUUCAUGCUGACGCCUGUUAACCUUCACACAGGCAGAGAGAGCGAGAGAACGAGGAAAAAACACAGGAGGUAAACUGAGUAAGCGUUUAGUGUUUGAGCUCCGUCUGGCGUCUUGUAAGCCGGCGUGUUCAAUAGGA